GACGCGCACGUCCGUGCGUGAGGGCGGCUGCGUUGGGCUGCAGGAGAAGAUGGCGGUCUCCACAGGAGUUAAAGUUCCUCGUAAUUUUCGCUUAUUGGAAGAACUUGAAGAAGGACAAAAAGGAGUAGGCGAUGGUACGGUUAGCUGGGGCCUUGAAGAUGAUGAAGAUAUGACACUUACAAGGUGGACAGGCAUGAUUAUUGGGCCACCAAGGACAAAUUAUGAAAACAGAAUAUAUAGCCUAAAAGUAGAAUGUGGACCUAAAUAUCCAGAAGCUCCUCCGUCAGUUAGAUUUGUAACAAAAAUUAAUAUGAAUGGAAUAAACAAUUCCAGUGGAAUGGUGGAUGCACGGAGCAUACCAGUGUUAGCAAAGUGGCAAAAUUCAUAUAGCAUCAAAGUUGUACUUCAAGAGCUAAGACGUCUAAUGAUGUCCAAGGAAAAUAUGAAGCUUCCACAACCACCUGAAGGACAAACAUAUAAUAACUAAUUUUAGUGAAUUGCAAAUUUGUCUUAAAUCAACCUUCUACUCAUAUUAAUGUCUUGAUUAAAUAUCACAAUGCAAAAUACCUACACAUUAAGUAAGAGAAUUCCAGCUGGUAAAUAUGACCUGGACACUUGUAAGAAUAUAUUUAAUAUAUGUACACCCAUUAUGUUUUCAGGUAACAGGAGGAAAAAUGCAGCAGAAUUUUUCUUUCUCUUGUUAAGGCAUUGUCAUUUAAACAUGAACCUGGAGUACUCGAAUUAGAACUCAGGUUUUCAAGGUGAAAGCAUUGCAAGAAGAGUCAGAUGGCAGUGGAAAAUGAGUGCGCUUCUGAAACAUAAAAUCUCCAGAAGGAAAAACUGAAGUGGCAUGCUUUAUCCAUCUUACUUAGUGAAAAAGCUGCAGUUGAAAUUGGUUAAAGUAGCAGGUACAGUGGAUAUUGUCAAAAAUUGUGUUAAUUUUUGAAACAGUGUGGGUGCUGACUACUAGUAGUAUCAAAAAUAUGUUCAGGAUUGUUUUGAUACCUGUAUUUAUAAUAAAAAGAUGUUGGGGGGGAUCGAUGAAUUUCUGUUAAAAGCUGUUCCUGUGUGUUACAUGUAACAGACAUGACAAAUAUUUGUUUACAGUCUUUGUUUAAUAAACCAUGCAUUUAUGUUUAAGUCAACAAAAAGGAAAUAAGUGUAUGGAUAUGUGAUUUUGAGAUUAAAGGUAGUCUUAAAAUGUAAAUAAAAUGUGGAACUGUC